CAACCUGAGACAAGGGAGGACACCUCUUGCUGUUGUUAAUUGGCUUCAUUGGCUUCAACUUAUGGCACCUCUACAAAUGAGAGUCCUGCAAGCUCCUCUGUCUUGCUAGGUCUUGUAAGAUCCUCAGGUCUUGCAAACUCAGGGCUGUGCCUUCCUUGAGUCAACCCAACAGUAAGCCCUUCUUGACUUCACCAUCAGAAACUCCACUUCACCAGUUUCACAACGUCUUGUCUCUCCUAAAUUCUGCUGAGCACGGAUAAACCCUGUGCAAAACACUGAUAGCAGUCCUCUGCCUUAUGAACUGAGUAGAUAAGGGGGUCAACUUAUUCUGAGAGAAUUAGGAGGUGAGGGAGAGAAGUGGGGAUCUUUCAGCUUCAUUGCUUGUGUUUGUCCCAUGCUUGAGUGGCAGAAAGAGGAAAGUGGCACUGUGGAAGACAAGCAAAGGGCACAUAGAAGAAUUUAUGGUUGGAAUUGCAAAGGAAGGAGCCAAAGGAAGGGUUGGUGAAAAGAAGGAGAAGCCAUGCUGCAGGGAAUAAAGUUGUUUCACCCAGCAUAAACAAAGAAUAUCCACACCAGAGGUGCAGUUUCAAUCAAUAAAGGUCUCCAGCAGCAAUGGCUCCACCGAAGGAAGUACCCAAUGUCCACAUUUUCAGCACCAGGGCUGGAGAUGUCAUUGUUCGCUCUGACCUGAACUGUUACCUGCUCCUUCCUCCUCUACCAACCUCACCCAGUGCUCAUCUGCAUCCCCUCCACCCUUCUUUAAGGGGUGGCGAACACUAUUUUGGCUCCCGGUGGCAUGACUCUAUCUACAUCAUAAAGGACAACAAAGUCCUGGAAGCCCAACACUUGCAUAUGGCACCCAGUAAAGAAGCCCGUCGCCUGCACCCCAGCUGUUGUGGUGGGCAACAUUACUUUGCCAUUGCUGGCGGCUCCUUUGGCAUCAUCCUCAGCCCAGGCAGCAUGACAGCAGUGAAAGACCUGUCCACAGGGGAACCAGAUCCAGCCAUGGAGCCAGGACAACAUCGGUGGUCCAAAGAGAAAAUGGAAAGCCAUCGAAGUUAUCUGUAUUGGCAACUGCAGGACAACUUCAGCGGAGAGCUCUUCUCUUUCCAUCCCAGUAUCCUUGGUUUCUUGCCGGGGGGUCUCGGACUCAUCAAAGGGUCUGCGUUCAAGAUUUGGGAAUUGGUGGACACUGUCCACAACCACUCCGAUGCCCAUGUCACCAAGACUCAGGGAAUCCCCCUGAUGGUGGGCUGUGCCAAGGAGAGGCUGGAGGACAUCGGGGACAAAUGGAUAGCCUCCAUAUCAGAUUUUCCAGACCCAGCAUCCAUUGCCACGGCACUAGCCAAGGCCCAGUUUGCAUUGCCAACCAACUAUGGGGGUCUAGGCCUCAACGUAGAGGAGGAGGAGUGGGAAGGAGCCCAUGAGGAAGAGAUGGACAUGCAAUUCACAAUACAACCCAACAAAGUUGCCUACAUGUGGCAGUACCAGCUUGGCCUCGGGAAAGAGGCCAUUUUGUUUUGUCGGAAAAUUCAGGUCACAAACAGCCGCGACCCACCUUGUGAGAUCCCCUUGCCUCCGUCAUCCUAAAUUUUAAGCCAAUUCUACCUCCAGUCCUCUAUGAUUUCCUAUUUUUUCCCAAGUGGAAUAUUAUAAGUGGGGGGGGGGGAAAAAACCUCUUGAGAGAAGUUUAUUUGUGUGCUUCCUAUCCUUUUCCAAGCGGAAUAUUAUUGCUGAAGUAAUUCUUGGGAGAAGCUUCUUUCUUUAUUUGGGCAAAACCUAAAUAAAAUGAUUUUUAAAAGCUU